AUGGAGCUGCUGCAAAGCGCGCUGGACGCGGUCUCAUGGCGGCAGAAUGUUGUGGAGUACCCAUGCAGCAUUCUAGGCAGCAUGAUAAACGACGACAACGAGCUCAUGGAGCUCCUGCGCCACGGCUUCUUUCUUCUUACGUAUCGCAUGAAUUUUAGUCCGCUGCCUCACUCUUCCGUGACCUCCGACAAGGGCUGGGGCUGCCUUGCACGGUCCUCACAGAUGCUGCUUGCCCACGCGCUUUGGCGUUACUCGGCGAAAGACUGCAGGCUGGACUACUUCCGCGACCUAGACACCGCGGAUAGCGCCCCCUUCUCGCUACACAACAUGGUGCGGGCGGUGAUGAAGAAGGCGGGGGUGUUCAGCCCAGAGUACUGGUCGCCGAGCCAGGGCUGCGAGGCGAUCCGCUGCUGCGUCAACAACGCCGUGAACCGGCGGAUUAUCCCUCCGAUCAGCGUCGUCGUUUGCUCGCAGGGGUGCCUGAUGGCCAGGGAGAUUAGUUCCAGCCUGGAGUCUGAGCCUGUGCUCAUCUUGGCCCCCAUGCGCUGCGGCGCCUCUCGGCGGAUGACGCAGAUGAUGUUUUUUUCGCUCGAGUACCUUCUCCACUCCGCGGCGUGCCUGGGCGUGGUGGGCGGCGUGCCAAACCGCAGCUACUACAUUCUGGGAACCAGCGGGCAGCGGCUGCUGUACCUGGACCCCCACUGCAUGACGCAGGAGGCUCUCCUCUCGAGCCACGCGGAGGAGGCGGGCGUCGUGACAGUCACGGCGGGCCUCGUCAAGUGUGUGCGGUGGGACCGCCUCGAUACCUCGUGCUUCUUGGGCUUCCUGGUGGAUUCUCCCGCCGAGUGGCUGGGGCUGCGCAGCCGCCUGGAUGAGCUGCAGCGGCGGGGCAUAGAGCAACUGCUGUGCGUCAGCGACGACGCAGUGGCCGACCACCCCGACGAGGAGGCCGCGCGGUGGCCGAGCGAAGAGGACCUGACGGAGUAG